AUGAGAGAAAGGACAGUUUCCGAUGAAGAGGUUGAUAAUUAUGGACAUGCCAGUCACUUCAAGCGUAAGGUCCAAAUAUAUGAUUAUCCUGCAGACAAGACAGAAGAAGCGUUGACAACCUUCAAGACCUUGUCCCAGAACUCUUACCAGAAUAAAACGUUGGGGAAUGCUCAUAAUGGACGAUCCACAGCAGAUGGGAUGUCCUGUGACUGUGAAGAGAACUGGGAUACAGUCUCUGGGAUCAACAAUGCUUGUGGAGAAUAUUCUGAAUGUAUCAACAGGUUGACUUCCAUCGAGUGUAUAAGCGGGACAUGUUCUUGCGGUGACGACUGUCAAAAUCAAAGGUUCCAAAAGAAGCAGUAUGCUCCUAUAGCAGUGUUUGAAACCGAGAAAAAAGGGUAUGGUGUACGUGCCCAGGCUGACAUCAGGCAAGAUGCGUUUAUAUACGAGUACUUGGGAGAAGUUAUUGAUGAGUCGACGUUUCGCAAAAGAAAGGAAAACUAUGAUAACCAAGGCCUCGAGCAUUUCUACUUUAUGAUGCUUCAAAAGGGUGAGUUUAUUGAUGCUACUGCUAAAGGUGGUCUUGGUAGAUUCUGCAACCAUUCCUGCCGUCCAAAUGCCUACGUCGACAAGUGGGAAGUCGGCAAUAAACUGAGGAUGGGAAUAUUUGCCAAACGAGAAAUUUACAAAGGCGAAGAAAUUUGCUUUGAUUAUAAUGUGGAUAGAUACGGGGCCAAUCCACAGAAAUGUUAUUGUGGCGAAGAUAACUGUAUUGGGUUCCUUGGCGGAAGAACGCAGACUGACAGUGCUAAUAUUUUACCUGUUCCUAUUGCAGAAGCUCUAGGUUCAACAAACGCUCAAGAACAACGAUGGGUUCGCUUAAUGAAAGAACAAAAUAAAUCUAUCAAAGCGAGUGACUAUUCAAGUAUCAACGAGGAUUAUGUCAACUCUUUGGAGAUGAGACCAAUUGCUGAUAAAGACGAGGCAUCCAAGGUAACCAGUGCUUUGUUGAAGACUCAAGAUUACAUUAUAUUAAGAAAGUUGAUUGAGAGAGUAAGUUUGACCAAGGAUCCCGAAGUGUUGAAAGAAAUAGUCAGACUUCGUGGUUACCAAUGUGUCGCUAAUAUACUCACGAUGAUUGUGUUGGACCAGGAGCAACAGCAAGUCGAUGUGGAGUCAUUUACGUUGAGUGUACUCGACAUGUUAGAGAGCUGGCCCAAUAGCUCUAGAAACAGAAUCAGUAGCUCACAAAUUGAAUCAGUGUUGGAGAGUGUUAAAACUAAGUUGAAAAAGAUUCAACCAAUAGGGAAGAAGAUCAAUUCAUUGCUAAACAGUUGGAGCAAACUCGAAAUUUCCUACAAGAUACCCAAGAGUCAGUCAGUAGGAGCGUCAAAUGAUGUGGAUAAUGGUCAUGCUGAAUCUUCCACCUUCCAGUUAAGAGAUGAACAAAAGGAAAAUAACGCAGCUUCUAAAAUCUCUCCAUUUCGUAUAGUGGAUAAUAUGUUACUGCCAGAACAAUGGAGAUGGGCAGUAGAUGAGUCCACUGGGGCCAAUUAUUACUACAACAAAUCACAGAAUAUUACGCAAUGGGAUCUUCCUCCUGGUUGUGAACUAUUAAACAUUGAGGUUUCUGAAAAGAAUCGUGACAAGAAGCCACCUAUAGAUAAGUCAAGAUUAGAAUUGAAGGAGAGACAAAGAAAACAAGAGUACGAACGAGUCAAAAAAGAGAGAGAACGCGAAAAGCUGAGGCUUCAGAGGGAACAAGAACAAGAAGAGCAGAGACGUACGGAAACUCUGAAGAAGAUUAUUGCCAAUGCGGAAGCAAAGCAACAACUGCUAAGUAAGAGAUUAGCAGACGAGGAGAAUGAAGGGAAAAAACGACAUAAAAAGAGCAAGAGGCCUACCAGAGAACAAGAAUGGAAUAAACUCUUUGCGACAGUAGUACCCAAUAUGAUCAAAAAACACGAAUCGCAAAUUGGUAGAGACAACCUGAAGCAUUGUGCGAAAGAUAUUGUCCAUCAACUGAGUAGUAAAGAGAUAAAGAAGGAUACGAGUAAGAAACCACCUAAAGAACUGAGUUCUGAAAAGAAGGCUAAAGUGAAGGCGUUUGUGGGGCCAUACAUGGAGAAGUACUUGGACAAAUGGAAGGCCAAACACGAAAAGAAAUGA